GCGCUGCCACCGCGCUGCCGUUCCCAGCUCGCUGCGGGUACCUCCGGGCCGCUCACCCGGCGGUCCGGGCCUUCCCGCCCUGCGGUCCCGGGAGGUGAGGGCGGUGAGGUGAAGCCGCCUCCCUGAGGAGGCUCCUGGUGGGAGGGUGAGCCCUGAAUGCUCGCUUGGAGCCCGCCCGGAGGUGCCAGCAACAGCCUGGAAAACGACUGAAAUGGAUUUGCCAACUCCUGCUCUGCAGAACAAAUACCCCCAGUGGAUGCUGACACAAAGCCAGGAGGCAGCUUGGGGUGAUAAAAAGAACCCAGGUGCUCAGAGGAGCCUCUUGGAGGAUGGGCUGCCCUUCCUCCAGUUCUGUGGCUCCAUCCUUUACAGCUACGAAGCCAGCGACUGCUCCCUCCUCUCAGAAGAUAUCAGGCAGAGUUUAUCAGAGGGGGCUGCUGUUGGGUUUGACAUUGAGUGGCCACCAUCAUAUACCAAAGGAAAAAUGGCAAAAAUAGCUGUGAUCCAGAUCUGUGUAACUGAGGAGAAGUGUUAUUUGUUUCACAUCUCUUCAAUGGCAGGUUUUCCCAAGGGACUCAAAAGACUGCUGGAAGAUGAAACAAUUAAAAAAGUUGGAGUAGGAAUUGAGGGAGAUCAAUGGAAGCUGCUGAGUGACUUUGAAAUCAAACUGAAGAGCUUUGUGGAGCUGGCUGACCUUGCUAAUGAGAAACUGAAGUGUAAGGAGACCUGGAGUCUGAAUGGUCUGGUGAAACACCUCUUUGGCAAGCAGCUCCUGAAGGAUAAGUCUGUCCGCUGCAGUAACUGGGAAACCUUCCCACUCCAGGAGGAGCAGAAACUCUAUGCAGCCACAGAUGCCUAUGCUGGUUUCAUCAUUUACCAAAAACUGAAAAAUAUGAGUAACAGUGACCAGAAAUUGUUUUGUGUAAAAAGAGAUGAGACGUCAGGGGGUGUGAAGGAGCGUUUGGCUUCCCUGGCUGAGGAGAUAACAGACCUGGCUUCUCACAUCCCUCAUUCUUCUGGACACCUUGAAAACGUGCAGAGGGCUGCAGAUAUACUUGCUGAAAUAGCAGAGAAUGUAAAUGCCCUAAGAAGCCUGCUGUUUGGUUCAGGUUCCCCUUCUGGUCUGGAGAGAAGCUGUCCAACAAAUCUUGAAGCAGAGUCAGCAAAUGUUGAAGCACAAAAGGUUGAAGUGCCUGAAUUUGCUAAACAGCUUGAAGGUGACUUCAACACCUGCUCUGAUGCUACACUAGCUGGCCUCUGGGAGGGAGAUGGUAAUGAGGAGGCAGAGAGAGAAAACUCUGCUAUGGAAGAUGGGGCUGCUGCAGGCAGCUCUGAGGACAAAGCUGACAGAGGUGGCUUCAUGUCCCUGGACAUCACUGAGCAAGAACUUGAGAUCUUGGAACGUCAGGCUGCAAAAGAGCUGGACUAUGAAGCAGUGCCUGAGGAGUCAUCCUCAGAUAAUGAACAGAAUAUUUCCUCUGUCAUUGAAAGUGAUGAAGAACUGGAAAUGGAGAUGAUUAAAUCUUUAGAAUCUGUGGAUUAUUCCAAAGGAGUUUUAACAGAAAAAGAGCCCAACCAAGCCAGGAAAACUGAUGAAGAUUUGAACAUUAUGCUGGAUGGUGAUGAAGAUGAAGGUGUUGAGGAAGAAGAGGAGGAGUGUUUGGAUUCCUUGCUGCCAGAACCUAGUGAAAGCCACGUCACAUCUCUGAAGACUUAUUUUGGGCAUCCUUCUUUUAAACUGGUCCAGUGGAAAGUGAUCCAUUCAGUUUUAGAAGACAGAAGAGAUAAUCUUGUUGUCAUGGCAACUGGCUAUGGAAAGAGCUUGUGCUACCAGUUCCCUCCUGUUUACACUGGAUGUACAGGGAUUGUCAUCUGCCCUCUUAUCUCCUUGAUGGAGGACCAGGUGCUGCAGCUGACAAUGUCGGGGGUUCCCGCGUGCCUGCUCGGUUCAGCUCAGUCAAAAAACAUCAAAGAAUGCAUCAAAGGGGGUGAGUACAGGGUCAUCUACAUGACUCCAGAGUUUUGUUCAGGCAACUUAAAGCUGCUUCAGGAUCUUGACCAAACUGUUGGUAUUACCCUCAUAGCUGUUGAUGAAGCUCAUUGCAUCUCUGAGUGGGGCCAUGACUUCAGACAUUCCUAUAGAUGUUUAGGCUCAUUAAAGAAGACUCUGCCACUGGUUCCCAUUGUUGCUUUAACUGCAACUGCCAGUCCCUCAAUUAGAGAGGACAUACUGAAAUGUCUGAACCUGAAGAAUCCCCAGGUGACAUGUACAAGUUUUGACAGACCUAACCUGUACUUAGAAGUUGGACGGCAAAGUGGAGAUAUCAUUAGGGAUUUGAAGCAGUUCCUUGCCAGGAAAGGAAGCAGCCCUACAUAUGAGUUUCAAGGCCCCACCAUCAUCUACUGCCCUUCAAGAAAGGCUACAGACCAGGUUGUGUCUGCACUGAUGAAGCUUGGUGUGGCCUGUGGGGCAUACCAUGCUGGCAUGGGAAUCAAGCAAAGGAGAGAAACCCACCACCAAUUCAUGAGGGAUGAAAUUCAGUGUGUUGUGGCUACAGUGGCCUUUGGAAUGGGCAUCAACAAAGCAGAUGUCCGGAUGGUUAUUCAUUAUGGUGCCCCCAAGGAAAUGGAAUCCUAUUAUCAGGAAAUUGGGAGAGCCGGUCGGGAUGGGCUUCCUGCCUCUUGUCACAUCUUGUGGACUAUGACAGACUUGAAUUUUAACAGACAUCUGCUAAGUGAGAUACGCAAUGAAAGCUUCAGGUUGUACAAACUGAAGAUGUUGGCAAAAAUGGAGAAGUACCUCCAGUCAAAUAGCUGCAGGAGGAAAAUCAUCCUGUCUCAUUUUGAAGACAAACAGCUCCGAAAGGUUUCCUCUGGCAUCAUGGGCACAGAAGAAUGCUGUGAUAAUUGCAGGUCCAGAGCCUCUUGUUGUGCAGUCUCCAGUGACUCAGAAGGUGGUUUUCAGGACUUUGGGAAGCAAGCACAUCAGCUGCUGUCUGCAGUCACUGCCCUGGAAGAGAAGUUUGGAACCAGACUUCCCAUCCUGUUUCUCCGAGGGUCUAAUUCUCAGCGUUUGCCAGAGAGAUACAGAAGACACCCUCUCUUUGGUGGUGGAAAAGAGUGGCCAGAGAACUGGUGGAAAUUGCUCUGCCAACAGCUGAUCAUGGAAGGGUUCCUGAAAGAAGUCACUGGGCAUAACAAGUUUGCAACCACGUGCAUGCUUACCCAGAAGGGUAGAAACUGGCUGCUACAAGCUGGAUCUGCCUCAAGUGCAAGUCUCCUGUUACAGUCCAGUGAGGACCUUAAUCUGCAGAGACCCACGAGAAGCAGCAGACCUUUACCUGUGCUCUCAACACAGCACUCUCCAGGCAGAGGAGGGAAAACUCAGUCACCAGCCAAGCAGAUGUCUCUGCAUGAGAUGUUUUCAUAUGAGAGAAAAGGUGCCAUUCCUGCAAGAGGCAAUAACAUGCUUAGCAGUGCUGCAGAGCGUUCCCCAGUGAAAUCUCCUCUGAAGCCCCCAGAAUCUGCUGUGUCAUCCCGAGAAAAAGAACUAGUGGCUGCUUUGUAUGGCAAGCUGCUGACUGCUAGACAGAAGGUGGCUAAUGAGAAGGCAGUUCCUCCAGCUGUCCUGGCAACCAACAAGAUCCUGGUGGAGAUGGCCCAAAUAAGGCCAACAACUGUUGAGAAUGUGAAGAGGAUUGAUGGUGUCUCUGAAGCAAAAUCCACCAUGCUGGUGCCUCUCCUGGAUGAAAUUAAGGACUUCUGCCAAGUGAAUGGUUUGCAGACUGACACAUUCCCCACAUCUGGACCUAAAGCUCAGAAAGCAGCAUCUCCCUGGAAGCAUGCUAGGGGCCUCUCUCCCUCAGAGCAUGUCACCUAUGUCCUGUUCCAAGAGAAAAAUCUCUCUGUGAGGACUAUAAGUGAGAGCAGAUCUCUGCCACUCUCUGAGGUUGGCACCCACCUGCUCCAGGCAAUGAGAGCUGGCUACCCUCUCCACCUGGAGCGAGCAGGUUUGACUCCUGAAGUCCAACAGAUCAUUUCUGAUGUGAUCCACAACCCUCCCAUUGCCUCAGACACCACCAAAAUUCAAGCCAUCAGGAAACUUGUCCCUGCAAAUAUUGAACUGUAUCUCAUCCAAAUGACUAUUGCACUGCUGGAAAAAGAGGACAGAAAUAAGUCUCAGGAUGGCUCAGGUGUCAGAAGGAUGUUGAUGUGGUCAGAAGGGCAGCAGGAAAAACCAGGAACAAAUCAAGCAAGCAGGGCAGAUGCCUUGUGGAGUAAAACAAAGGCUGAGCAGAGCAUGGAGAGCAGCCAGGCAGGUAGCAGGGGGGCAGCAGGCUGCCUGAAGCCCAUCACCCUGGCCUCCUGGAACCAGCCUGCCCUCAACCCAGACGAGGAGGAACUCUUUGCUGACUCUCAGCCAAAGAGCUCUCAUCCCCCUGCUAAGAGGAAGGUGCCAGAAUGGUUUGGAACUUCAGCAGUGCCUGUUCUACCUGUAACCCAGAGCAAGAAACCCAAAGCAGAGCCCAGAAAGGGCAUUUUUAGUUAAAGAAUUUUUGGGUUUUUUAAGCCUUUUUGUAAUCUUCCCUUCCCUUACACAGCUCACUCUCUGUACAGAGAGCAGCGUGCCUCCUCCUGUAAAUAAAGGAAAUGAAUUGAACACCCUUUAUUUCUGCCACUUCUCUCCCUCCCCUCAGGCACUCAACUUAAGUGUUUCACUGUGUGAAAUGUUUGAUCAUUACUAUUAAAAAAAAAAAUAAAGAAGCCCCCUCC